UAGUAAUUGAAAUGAAAUUAAACAGAGCAAGCGGGUUUCUUUUUGGCACAAGCUUGAUCAUCAAUGCAGCUUUAGCCCUUGUAGGCCCCUUCUUUCCUCAAGAAGCUGAAGACAAAGGUGUUGACAUUAAUAUAAUAGGAUACAUCUUUAGCGCAUACCCAUUCUCAUUUGUGAUAGUUUAAUUAGUAAUGCAGAAAAUACUGAACAAAUAUAGUCAGAAAUUCAUGUUUAUCUUUGUCUCAAUCACAUAUGGUCUAUUGAGGAUCGGCUUUGGAUUACUGAUCUUUGUAGAUAACGAGUUCUUCCUCGCAAUGGCGUUUGCAUGUAGAGUACUUCAAGGAGCUUCAAACUCUGUGGUUUAUACAAUAGAAUGUUCUGUUUUCUCAAUGCAGUAUGACGGUAAUGAUAUUAUGCAGAUGAAUUCUUACUUCAAAGUCACACUUGGAGAUGGGCUGGUCAUUGGGUUGCUCACAGGUACCCUGCUCUACAUAAUAGGAGGAUAUUGCCUCCCAUUCAUUGUACUUGGAGUGUUCUUCCUCUGAUUUGUCCAAUGAGUCAUUGAAUAUUCCCCUUCAAGAAUCGAAGUUUCAAGUGAUUUGAAAGAGCGUCUGUGUGCGAACAUUAAUUCAGAGCAACAGAAGGGUCGGUAGUGUAUUGAUUUUAGUAGUAACCAGAACAUUGAUAAUUGUAAAGACUAAAGAUUUUACUCUAUAAGCCUUCAAUCAAAGAAAACCUUGACGAUGGUAACUUGAGGCAUAAGUAUUCUUUUGACCAAGAGUAAAGGGAGACUUUGAAUGUAAAAAAUUCAAAUUCUUCUCAAAGAGGUUCUAAGAGGAUUAAAUUUGAAUUUCACCAAGAUAUGGAAGCCGGUUCUCAAAGCUUGACGCAGUCAAUUGUAACACAGAUCAUCAUGAAAUGUCUUAGAUUAGCUAUCCUGUCCCUGAGUUUGCUUAAUUUUGAUCCUGCGAUACUAUCAAAAAGAUUAGAGGAGCUUAAAAUUCAUGAAUAUUUAUAUAGCUUAAUAUUCUCUGUUCCAUGAGUUUUCCCAGUUUGCUCGAUAUUUUUAGUAAACCAAAUGAUGAACAAGUUCAACAGAAAUGCAAUCUUGAUCACUGGGCUAUCUUAAUGCCAUUCAGAUUCUUAAUAGUUGCCGUAUAAUCAGUCUUUUUCUUUUUAACUGGGAUAUCAUUGUUAUGAAUAUUAGCUCAAUUUGUAAUUCUUCUUUUAUUCCAACUAAUGAGGAAAAGUCUGGAUAGUGACUAUAGAAACUCUAAUGAUACAAUAAAUGCUUUAUAGGGGUAUACAAUGUCGCUCUAGACAUCGGAGCUAUUACAGGCUCUCUGAUAGGCUCUCAUCUAUAUUUCUAAUUUGAAUUCUUCACAAAUAUUUACUUAUUAAGGAACUUUUGAAUUCUACUCUCAAAUAUCUUAUUCUGCUCUGGAGGAUGAUGAAGGUCAGGUUAUGAAGUAAUCGAGUGCUCAAACUUAUCUGAAAACCCUGGUGUACUUAACAGCUCUCUUCCAGAACCUAUCAUCUUACCAGUCCCAAGUGGUAGACAGUUUAAUUAACCCUAAAAGUCAUAUCUCUUUGGUAAACUCAGAU